AUGCAUCACUUCCGAGUCGCCAUCGUCGGCGGUGGGCUGGCUGGAGCGACGCUGGCGACUGCGCUGGUACAGUUAUCCAAUAUGGAUGUUCGAAUUUUUGAAUCUGCGCCCGAGUUCUCUGAACGUGGUGCCGCAGUUGGACUUGGAAUCAAUGCUCAGAUGGCUCUCAACGAGAUCAUAUCUGCUCCUCCAGCAGUGGCUUUGCUCGACAAGGCCGAGGGCGUACCUAUCAACACACCCUAUGCGAAUUUCCUGUUUGGUUUGGAUAUGGCUGGCCAUAAGCAAGAUGCGCUAGACAAGAUGCACGAGAUUCAACAAAAGACCUAG